UUACAUCAUUAAAACCACUAAGAUUUUGAAUGAAGUUUUAAAUGUGUUGGUGCCAGGACAAGAAACUGAUGUAUUGCAGGCAAUAAUGAAAUGUAAUAAACAGAAAGAAGAAAGGUUGUUGAAUAUAAUUUCUGCUGCCUAUAUUGGAUGUGAAGACUGGGGUUCACAGCGUCAAAUCCUAUCCAUAGUAGCUCACCAGGUGUCUUACAGCGAAUUGCAUGCUUUGAUACCAGAUUUAUCACGUUACAAAUAUGGUGCAGCAAGGAAACAUGCCUUAUCUGUAGGAUCUGGUCAAAAAGUUCCAGCAACUGAAAUAACACAUGAAGGCAUCACAACUGAACAGAUAAAUCAUUUCUUAGACUUUAUUAUGAGUCCAGCUAUUAUUACAGACAUACCCUUUGGCGAAUCUAAUCUUAAGCUUUCUAAUGGAGAAAUCAUCAGUGUGCCUAAAAUCAUCCUUAACAGCGUAAGAACCCGUGUGGUUCAGCAGUAUUUUAGCUACUGUGAAGAAAUUAAUUUUGAGGAAAAAGGAAGUUUAAGUUCUUACAUGAGAAUUCUUCAUGCCAUAGGACCUAACGUAAGAAAAUGUAUGAAAGGAUUAGACAACUAUGCUGCAGAUGGCGCCAAAGCAAUAGAGAGUCUGCAGAAAAUAGCUGACUUGUUUGGAAGAUUGGAUAAAGGGAAGGAAUGGCAGGAUAAAAUGUGCAAGCUGCUAACAUCGUCUAAGCAGUAUCUUAAAUUGGAGUACAAGACUCAUGUUGUAAAGGAAUCAGAGGUAGCUGAUCAUUGCUGCACAUUUGCACUAUCUGAUGGGACCAAAGACUACACUUCCAGUUGCAGCCAUUUACAUCAAAAUUCUUGUAACCAAUGUGAAGAACUGGACACUGUUCUUGAAUGCUUAAUGGGUGUCUCAAAGACCAUAACUUAUGACAAUGAUGAUCAAAGAGAUGAUACAAUGUAUACUAUUUCAGAGAGUGUCAGAGCUGUUCAUGAAUGGAAAAAACAUAUUCUUCGCUCUGUAAAUCAGGAUAUUGCUCGUAAAUCUGUCCUAGAAAAUCUGAAAGAAGACGAAAUGUUAGUUGAACGUGAUUGGGCCAUGAAGUUUAUUCCAAUGCAAUACAGAGAAUCUCAAUCUAAUUGGUUCGGUAAACGGGGACUCAAUUGGCAUGUUAGUGUUGCAACUUUCAAAUACAGGCAGGCCUUGACAAUGCAUACUGUUAUUCACAUCUUUGACAGUGCACCCCAAGAUGCUGAGACAUCAAAUGCUGUUCUUGGGAACAGUUUAGAGAUUUUUCAUCAAAUUAAUCCUUGCCUGACAAAUGCCUACAUUCGAUCUGAUAAUGCUGGAUGUUUUCAUGGAGCAGCAUCUGUAUGUGCCAUGCCAUUUCUUUCAUCCAUUGUUCAAUGUAAAAGAAUGGAUUUUGCAGACCCUCAAGGUGGAAAGUCCAUCUGUGACAGAAAAGCUGCCCAUGUCAAAUCAUACAUCAGACGAUACGUCAAUGAGGGCAAUGAUGUAUGUACAGCAAUGGAUUUUAAAAAUGCAUUAAUGAAAUCAAACAUAAAGAAAGUGUCUGUGGUUGUUGCACUUCAACCUCCUAAAUCUGACAGCAAGAAGAAAGAACCUACUGUUUUUAAACUGCCAAAGAUCACAACUGUAAAUAACUUUUCGUUCAAAAAUGGUGGAGUGCAAGUUUGGAGGCAGUAUGGAAUAGGACAAGGCUGUCAUAUUCCUGCUGUUGAUAUGGCAACUACUAGGGAUCUACCAGAACUAACCAUUAUUGAAACUUAUCUAAAUCAACAGACAGAAACAGAUGUCAGACAGACAGAAACAGAAGUCGGACAGACAGAAACAGAAGUUAGACAAGCAGGAAUCAUAGAAGCUGAAGUCCCUCUUCAGGAACCUGAAACACAAGAAAAUGAAAUUGAAGUUGAAUCUUUAGUCAAUGACAGCACUGUAACUACAGGUGACAAACCAAAUGAUGAUGUUGAUUCUGUCACAGAAGAAGAAAUGUCUAAAUUGUUUUCUUGUCAUGAAUGUACAAAAACAUUUAGCAAAUAUGGUAAUCUGUUGCGUCAUCUGGAUAUUGGAAAGCAUAGUGUAAAAAAGGAAAAUAAGAAACUUUCUGACAAAUCAAAGAUUGAAUAUUCCAGGCAUAUGGAAAAGGUCAAUACUGUAACUGUUAAUUCAAAUAACUUUUCUUCUGGUAAUUCUAACAGUGAUCUUACACAGGGAUGGGCAUUAAAGAUAAGGAGAACAGUCAAAAGGUUUACCCAGGACCAAAAGAAGUAUCUUCAAGAAAAGUUUGACAGAGGUGAAAAAACUGGACAGAAGUUUGAUCCGGAUGAAGUAUCCCAGGAUAUGAGAAUGGUAAGAACAACAAGUGGACGAAAACGUUUUUCCCAAGAAGAGUUCCUAUCGACAACACAGAUAGCUAGUUACUUUAGUCGUCUUGUAUUAAAUAAACGCAAAUUAUACAAUCCUUUGUAUACAGCAGAUGAUGAACAAGCAGAAACAGCUGAAGCAGAAUUUAUAGAACUGAAUUUAGUAGCAGCUUAA